AUAAUAGAUCAAUACGAAAGGAACAUUCUACUAUGAUUAGAACUAUAAAACCAAAGAAUGCCCGUUCUAAAAGAGCACUUGCUAAGAAGGAAGCAAAAUUAGUUGAAAAUACCAAAUCAGCUUUAUUUGUUCCUGGAGCUACAGGUAAUAAAUUAUUACAUGAUGCUAUGGUAGAUUUGAUGGCAUUGAAGAAACCAUUUGUUAAAAAAUUUUCCAAGAAGAAUGAAAUUAGACCAUUUGAAGAUUACUCUGAAUUAGAAUUCUUUGCUGAAAAGAAUGAUACUUCAUUAAUGGUAUUUUCAACUCAUAAUAAGAAAAGACCUAAUACUUUAAUUUUUUCAAGAUUUUUCAAUUUUAAAGUUUAUGAUAUGAUAGAAUUAUCAAUUUUACCAAAUCAUAAAUUAUUACAAGAUUUUAAGAAAUUAACAUUUACUCUUGGAUUAAAACCAAUGUUUGUAUUUAAUGGACCAUUAUUUGAUUCACAUCCAGUUUAUCAACAUUUAAAAUCAUUAUUUUUAGAUUUUUAUAGAGGAGAAGAAACAGAUUUACAAGAUGUUGCUGGUUUACAAUAUAUAAUUGCCUUAUCAGCUGGUGAAUUAGAUGAUAAUUCAUCAGAUAAAAAUUUACCUCCAUUACAUUUCAGAGUAUAUAAAUUAAAGACUUUUAGAUCCGGACAAAAAUUACCUCGAGUUGAAAUUGAUGAAAUUGGUCCAAGAUUUGAUUUUAAAAUUGGUAGAAGAAUAAGUCCAAGUGAAGAAAUUGAAAAGCAAGCCAAUGAAAGACCAAAACAAUUACAAGCUAAGGUUAAGAAGAAUGUUUCAACUGAUUUUAUGGGUGAUAAAGUUGCUCAAAUCCAUGUAGGUAAACAAGAUUUAGGUAAAUUACAAACUAGAAAGAUGAAAGGUUUAAAGGCAAGAUAUGAUCAAGAUAGUGAUUUUGAUGAAGAAAAUGAUCAAGAUUUUGAUGAUCAUAAUGAUGGUAUGGAUAGUGAUAUAGAAUAUGAUGCUCCUCAACCUAAGAAACAAAAGGUAUAGUUAUAGUUUAAAUUAUAGUUAUAAUCUUUUGAUUUCUUUUGAUUUCUAUUACCAUUACCAUUACCAUUCUAUUCCGUUCCCUUCUUGCAUUUUGUAAAUUAGUAUUAGUAGUUUUAACAAAUAUAUAUAUUUUGCAUCUAAAAAGUCGUGCGCUCGCCCAGCCUUGCCAAUAUUGACAUUUUUUUUUUUUCACCAUAAACAAUUCCAUAUCCCA